AUGGAAACGAAUCAAGCAGAUAACAUUCCAGCAACUUCCCCCGGGAGCUCUUCAGCAAAUAUCACUUCCUGUCAACAGCAUGACGGCGACACGGGACCUACAGCUUCCACUUCUAAUGUUCUUCCAGCGGAAACUUCUUCUAUUACCCGAGUAGGAGGGGAGUCCAGCGAUGUAAAUGGUGUAGCAGAGAACGCCACUUCAGCAAUGGAUGGUGUUGGUAGCAACCACGCUCCAUCUGCAGAAAUGCAGAAAAGAACAUCUCGGAAGAGGAAGUGGUGUUCAAGCUCCACUAAUUCUGGUGAGAGAAGCCCUUUGCCUGGCAGCCCACUGACAUCUGAGUCUGAGGAUGAAUUCGACAUUGAAGGCCAUGAUGUGUCCCAGAUAGAGAAUGAUGUUCUUACGGGUAUGCUAGGAGAUGGUAGCAGACCGUCUAUGAAUAUCGACCUCUUCUGCGAAGGGAAACCUCGGAGGAAAAUCAAGGACGCAGUCAGCGACGAACCUGGUCCAUUUGAGUACACUUCAACCCUCCAUGAGUACGAAGACGAUGGUAGAGUCACCGCAAAGACGCGUAGGGGCCGUAGCGAAUCACCGGAAAAUAUAGAUCAGGUGGAUGAUGAGCCUUCUCGUCCUGAUUUAUCAGAUUCUGAUCGACCCAGUUACCUCCUCGAUCUAUUGAAACAAGUGACAAAGAUGCUGAUGUCACUUGGCCAAGAAGGAGAUGAAACUGUACUGUGCGUGGAGUUGGUGAAUACGUGCGCAGAGGAAGAAAGAGAGAAUGAGGACGAUGUGGCCGCAAAACCUAUGCAGGAUAAGGACGGCACGACUAUCGCACCUCAACUUAAGCAGGAUGAGGAUGAUGUGACCAUCGUUCCUACAGAACCUAGCAUGCCAAAGAAGAAAGGCAAAAUGAAGCGCCCUGGUCCCAAGAGUUCGAAGGUUAUUUCAUCGUGUGAUGACAGCAAUGAUGCCAUCUUCCUUGAACGCCUCAGGCAGCUGGAUGAACUUGAUGAACCAGAGCCUAAACAGUUCAAGGAAAUCGGAGAUAAACUUAAAGUCUCGCGGACGGUAUGGGACCGCCUAUUCAAAUAUCAGAAGGAAGGUGUUGUGUGGCUCUCGGAGUUACAUGAAGAGUACGUCGGUGGUAUUUUAGCUGAUGAAAUGGGUCUUGGAAAAACAGUACAG